AAGUUGAUUUUAUUUUUGUUUCAUACUGUGAACAUUGUUUAUUGAGGCCAUGAAUAAAAUUAGAGGGUCAUUAGUCCAUAUAAUUAUCAUUCGUUCUAAUUCUAGACAUACACAUUCUAAUGCUAGGUAGUCAAGGUUACAGCAUCAACAAUUUUCAAAUCUGCAUCUCAUUCCAGCAGGGAAAGUGUCUGUGCCAUGAAUGGAUAGAAGACUCCCCUCAUGAUAAUGAAACAAUUUAAACAUACUGUGUGUACCUAAUAAUAAUUUUCCCUAAGAUUUGUGGGGGAGUUUCUUCUUAGAACCUGUGCUCUUCCAACCUAGACCUCAAAAUGGAUCAGCAGAGAAAGAGCAAAAGGUCAUAUAAGCCACAGUCUUAUCCGCCCAUCCUAGAGAGUCUAGAGGGCAGUGACAAGAAGCAGAGGUUCUCUGGGGACAGGAUCGUCCUUCCAUCCAGUCCAAAGGAUGAGGAUGGACAGGCAGCACACAUGAAAGUGUGGGAAGAAGAAGUGCAGGAAGAAAAUGCAGAGGCUGUGAACACCCCAUCUUUCUGUGAACCACUGAUUCUUCAGGAUAUUGAGGACUUGGAGGAGUCUACUGUAAAGGAAAGUCCAGUUCCUCCAAAGGACACUGAAGAUAUAGAUAAGGCUUCAACCGAGGGCCAACAACUGACCCAGGUAGAGCAACACAACCCUGACAUCCUCCUCCCUCACCCUGUGGAUGCCCUGGAGAAUGCCUAUGUGAACACCCCCCCUGUUUGUGAACCACUGAUUAUUGAGGACUUGGAGGACUCUCCUGACAAGGAAUGUCCAGCUCCCCGAAAGACUGAGGAUGUAGAAUGUGCUUCAGCACAGGGCCAAGAGCAGAUCCUGGUAGAUAAGGACCGAGAUAAGGACAAAGACCAUGAUAUGCCCCUCCCUUGCUGCUUAGAUAACCUGAAGAAGCGCUUCUACCAGAGCAGGGACCGGCAGAUCAGGGAAAGACACUGGGCCCAGUUCAGAGCAGAGACCCUGAGGGUGGCCCACCAAGGGAUAGUUGUCCUGCAACGUGACCUGGAGCUGGAGCUGGAGCGGGUUAGAGAGGGCCUAGAGGAUAGACGGCAGCGCAGAGAGAGGGACCAUCACAGUCUGGCCCAGGUGAAGAGAGACAGACAGAAAAAGAGAGAAGAGCAGAUAAAAAGAUGGAUGGAAAAGUGGAUGAUAGGGAGAGAGGAGAGCCAGGGGGAAGAAGGUGAGGAAGAGGGGAAGACAGAGGAAGAGGAGAAAGAGGGAGAGGAGGAAAGUGAAAAGGAAGAGGAGAGUGAGGAUGAAGAGGGCGAUACAGAGGGAGCGGAAGAGAAGGAGAAAGAUGAGAAGGAAGGAGACAGGGAGGGGAGUGAAGAGGAGAGUGAGGAGGAUGAAGAGAGCGAGGAGGAGGAGGAUGGCAUAGAGACUAUAUGCAAGGAGGUGAAGAUGCAGAUGCACUUGAUCAUGGGUGAUAUUGAGCGUGAUAUGAAGAAUGACUAUGAGCAGAACAAGAAUUGGGAAGUCCUGGACCGGAAGAUGUUGACCACCCUGCUGCAGUGCUUGGAGUCAGUCUACCAGAGACGCACUGAGGAGAUACUGGGCAAGAUAGGCAUGCUGUGGGACAUCAUGAUCAACAACAUGCUCCAGGACCUCCAUGGAUGGAGAACAGCCCAGAAGUCAGUGUCUGCCCAGACUGCGCAGUAUCUCCACUUCCGCCACAGUUCCCGUCUGGCCCCCGUCACCCCUCUGACUGAAGCGGGUAGGAGGCUCCUCAAGGGAUGGGCAAGAGAGGCCCAACAGGAUGACGAGGCAAAGAAGACUGGCAAAAGGAAAAAGAAGAAGAAAAAGAAGAAGACAGAGAGAGAACAAGUGAAGGAUGAGGAGAAAGACAGUCAGGGUCUGCAGAAGGAGGAAAUGGUAGAAAGUAAUCCAGAAGAGAAUAAAAAGUCAGGGUUUCUCCAAUUGCUGCUGCUCAAACUGACAUGCAUUCAAUGAUGACAAAAUAUUUAGAAAAAAUAAAGUUUGAAACCAGC